AAAAAAAAAAUAAACAUGAACGACCGCCAGUGAACUCGCAGUUUCAGAGCGAGAUGGGCGCCUGCAUGGAACAUUCUCUGACACGCAGCCCCAGACCAACAAGCACAGUCCGCUGAGGAUAUUCAACUUCCUCAAACUGAUCUUACCUGGAAGUUUCCCUUCGUCAAUUCUCCCAUUUUCCGUUUUCGGAACAUAUACUACUGUCUCGCUGCUCUCUGCCGUCAUCUAAAUUUAUAUCCAAUGUCCGCGUUUCAGUCUAUGUACUCUGUCUGGCAAGACAAUUGCCAGUUCGUUUGCUGAGUUUGCGCAGACAGGGACAGCCUUGAGCCGGGUAACAAGGCCACUAAGGAGGGCUAUUGGAGCCAGCAGCGAGAGACGCUAACAAAAAAUCAAGAUUACUGGUUACAGUAGACCCAGAAAGAAGUUGAGGAAGCAGUAGAAAGCUUUACUGCUUGAAUUGAACGCUUAUGUGCUCAAAAGCAGAUAACUUCAUAUCUUGUACCAUAGAACAUAGGAGUAGGCUUGGUUUAACUCUUGAGUCCGCACUCUGUUAUUGUCAUCUCAAGUGUGCAUUUCGUUAAAGUAGGCCACGGACUCGAGAAUCAGCCAUUAAGGUGUUGAAUAGCCAGAAGAUUUUGAGAAUUAUCGAAGGGUAAACCCAUAAUUUUGGCCGAUUGGGUUAUGAAGUGUGCCUUUCCCAUGUGAUGGUGCAGGGGAUUGCUAUGAAGGGCUAUUUUCUUGCAACUAACUUAGAGAUUCUUCGCCGUUUCAAUCAUGAUUCCCUUGGAAUUCAUCUUUGGCGGCAUCCGGGGGGAUUUCCAACGUCGCGAUUAUCCCCCAUGCAGGUUCUUGCUUGCCCAGUCCCGAAUUGGCUGCUUGCCACUGGAAGACAUUUGCCGUGCGAGUCGCGCCUUUAGCUGCACCAGGUUGUGUGUCGGGUAUCUCACGCGUAUGAUCAGAAAGGUCGAAAUGAAACCCAGUCUUCUGAAGAUCGGGACUGGGAUUUUGGAUAAACUGUCCCUCCUGCAGAAGCGACAGGGUGGGUUAAUUUGCGGCAGACAAGUUCCGAUCAGAAGCUCUGUGAAAGCAUCAAAGAACAGUUGAUUAACCUACCUAAUACAGGUCCGAGGGAAAGGCGAUAUAUUGGGACGAAGGUCAACAGGAAAGCAGGACUUUUCUACUGGAUGCCCUCUUUAAACCAUCCAUUGCAAACCAGGACCCUACUAUCUUCAUACCCUUUCUUGUCAUUUUUCGACUCUGCAUGCUCCCCCGUUUCAUCACCCUUGGGCGUCGUCCCUUUCCAGCUGGCCGCACUCUUAUAAAUCAAGUCACUAUGUGCCUAUCCACAACCUCAAGAGAUGCCUCCUCUGCAGAGCCAGAGUCGUUCUUUCGCAACACCUCUAGGCGAUGGAUUUGCAACGAAGAUGCCAGGUUUCAAGAGCACUACGUAAAAUUCAAUAUCACCGAGUUGCAACACAAAGCAGUGGAAACUGUCAACCGGCCGUACUGCUCCCAAAUUAUAAAAAUGGCUGAAGGGGGAUUUAAUAAGGUAUUCCUCUUAACAAUGGAUGAUGGCAGUGAAGUUGUCGCCCGUAUUCCAACUCCUAUUGCUGGGCCUCGGGGUUUGACGACUGCCAGCGAAGUUGCUACAAUGCGGUUCCUCCGAGAGACUUUACACAUACCUGUGCCCCGGGUUCUUACCUACUCUCCAACUUCAGACAACCCGGUAGGAGCUGAAUAUAUUUUAAUGAAACGGCUUCGAGGUGAAGCUCUUGGUCCGAAAUGGCUUUCCCUUUCAAAACCGACAUGGUCGACUUGAUGACGCAGAUAGCGCGUAUCGAAAAGAAGAUAUUCAACUUUAAAUUUCCAGCAUACGGGAGCCUAUACCACGGACAUGAUAUACCCAAAGAGUCAAGAGUGGAUUUCGAGGUGGAUGGAGGGGACUUCUGCAUCGGGCCUAUCUGCAAACGCCAGUUCUGGCACGGUGAAAGGGCGGACAUGGAACUCGACCGUGGCCCUUGUAAGCUAACACACCCCACAUUCCCCUUUUGUGGCUGUGUGCAUGAUAUUAACUCGCUUAUAGGGACUAGUCCUGCUGACUGUGUUUCUGCUCCCGCUCGUCGAGAACUCGCCUGUACAUCGACAUUUGGAAAACCAAGACCUAGAAGAGCCUUUCUCCUACCAACUGAAGAAAACAUCGAUCCUAGGGAACAUAUCUCACUCCUUUCGCAGUAUCUACAGGUUGCCCCGUUCCCAGUCCCAGCCCAGCAAGAGAUGGCAACACCAAUACUACGCCAUCCUGAUCUCAGCUUCCCUAAUAUUCUCCUUACCCCUGGAACAAAUAAGAUAGAAGGGAUACUCGACUGGCAGGAUGCGUCCAUUCUUCCACUUUUCAUGCAGGCAGGCUACCCUGCAUUUUGUGAACACAAUUAUUCCCAAGUCCAGUCUUUAAAGGAGCCAAAUCUUCCUGAUAAUUACGGGGAAUUGAAUGAUGUGGAUAGAAUGAAGACGGAUAUAAAACUUCAAUUAGAAAAGGCCAACCUAUACUACUAUGCUGCGACUGGGCUUGGGAUGAUACAGUAUCUUAUAUCCCACGCUGGCUAUCCUUGGGAUGCUGAUCUAAUAAACUUCAGGGCGGGCCUAGUUGGACUGACAAAGAUCUGGGAUGGAUUGAUAUCCGAUCCUUGCCCGAUAUCUUUUUCUCCAGACGAUGAUAAGGCAAUAUUAAAUGAUGCGACUGAAUGGAGGGAGUGUGAAGAGAUACUUUUGAACAUUCAAGAGAAUAUUGGAGUCGAUCGCGAGGGUGGCACGCAUCCAGACGAUUUUGAGCAUGUCUACGAAAUGGCUCAGCGACUACGAUUGCAGAUAUAUGCCAAUGCAGAAGAGAAACUACGCAAGUUGUUUUGGAAAUCUUGGAUAUUUAAGGAUGAUGGUGAUAACUCCCCCCCCCCCCCAGCAGCUGAGAUACCCAACAAUGAACACACGCAAGGAGUUUACUUCGUAUUUCUCGGCAAAUGA